AUGUCAGCUGCGAUGAAGAUGAAGACCCUGCAGGGUGUGCUGCAGGAGUUGAGAGGGUUUGAGGAACCUAAAGUGGAGUUUGAACAGUACGAGACCCCAGCACACAUUGCUGCUGUGGCCCUUUACACUAUACAGACACAAUUUGAUGCACUAGACGAGAAACUAGUGUUAGAUGCAGGUUGCGGUCCAGGCGCCCUGAGUAUUGGUGCAGCACUAUUAGGUGCCACUGUAGUCACUGCUGUAGAAGUUGACGGAGAUGUCAUUCAGAUUUUCAAGGACAAUGUGGAUGAGCUGGAAGCCACUAACAUAGAUGCAGUGCUUGGUGACUUCCUAGGCCCAGAGAUUUACAAAUGGGAGAACUAUUUCGAUACGGUCCUGAUGAACCCGCCUUUUGGAACAAAGAACAAUGCCGGAGUUGACAUGAAGUUCCUUAAAAAAGGCCUAGAUCUCAGCUGUGAUAGUGUAUUCUCCCUACACAAGUCUACUACAAGGUCACACAUAAAGAAGAAGGUGAAUGAGUGGGGCGUGAAGGGCUCCGUAAUAGCGGAAUUGCGAUACGAUCUGCCCGCGACAUACAAGUUUCACCGACAACAGUCGCGCGACAUAGCUGUCGACCUGUGGCAUCUCCAACACCCUCAUGCGUAAAUAUUUUAGCAUAAUUUAUCGUCAAAUCUGCCUUUUUUGUCGGCUACAGUCGUAUUUAUCAUAAACUUUACUAUUCUAUACACAAUGAAUCAAUUCAACGAAAGAAAAUAUCUGGCGUAUUAUAUUCCUAAUAGCCAGCUUUUUGCAACUACCAGUAGUUAGAAGCAAUCCUUUUCAUUAUCUUUAAAUUUUGAAUACUUAUAAGGCGUGUUUCUCCCUCUUUUUUUGAAGUAAGUAUAUUUAUCCUCUAAUCAGAAAUGAGUGACUGGUCUCUAUUGAACCAUAUAUAGUAAAUGUGUAAAAUAAUCUGUAGACAAUUAUAUAUUGUUGUCAUCAAUAGCUUUUCUAGUUAGAAAUACUAUGUUAUUCUGCAUGCUACUAAUAGAAAAUAAUCAAUUUUAUAUAGCCAUAAUGAGUUAUUUAUUUGUACAGUCAUUCGUCAUAAACAGGUAAUCGAUGUUACAUCUAUAUCUCUAUGCGCAAAUAACUUGCUUCCCUAAACCGUUUCUCUUAAUAACAUUGAUAUGAAUAUGAUUUUGAUAUUGACAUUAGGUAUGUAUUUGAAUGUAAAUUAGAUUAUUAUACUCGUAUACAUUGACGAUUGUGUAAAAUUUGUAUCGGAAAAGAAUGAAAUAAGGUGUCUGGUUAACUAAUAAAUUAAAUUGCAAAUAAAAACAUUUGAUAUGUAUAAAA